AUGGACCCCGAAGUGAUCAAGAUUCUCCUUGUAGGCGAUGAAAAGUGCGGCAAGACGACCUUUCUCUCCCGACUCAGUGCAGGUGAAAAAGUCAACCCGAUUCCCAUGCUCCGUGAUAUGGAUCAACCGUUCAUCUUCGGUAUUCAGACAGGAGCCAAAAAGGUUCAGUUCGAGUUCUUCGACACAUCAUGUCCUGACAACUGGAGGACCCUUGACCCUGAUGCCAUUGUCAUUUGCUACGACAUCAGCCAACGGUUGAGUUUGAUAAAUAUGCAGAGAUAUUGGAAAGAUGAAAUCAAGAGGUCGUUUCAACGCAUCGAUACCCUCCCCCUUAUCAUCCUUGGAUUGAAGCGUGAUCUGCGAUCGGAGCAAGAUCCGAACGGAAUUAUAUACCCGCAGGAAGGAUACCAGGUUGCGCAGACUCUACGAGCUGAUCGAUAUGUUGAGUGUUCGGCGGUGACGGGUGAAUUGUUGAAGCUGGCGUUUGAAGAUUUGUGCAAGACGGCCAUGGCUCCAACAACGGGCACAAACAGCCAGAGCGCAAGCACAUGCGCAGUAAUAUGA